AUGAAUAAAUUAAAAUCAUCACAGAGAGAUAAAGUUAAGAAGUUCGUCGCUUUCACACAAACAAGUGAAAGUACUGCCAUAUACUGCCUUUCGCAAAACGAUUGGAAACUAGACUUAGCGAGUGACAACUACUUUCAGAACCCUGAAGCUUAUUACAAAGAUUCUGCCAAAUCUGCUGUGGAUAAAAAAAAGAUUGAACAGCUCUUUAACAAGUACAGAGACCAGCAAGAAAAUGAUAAAAUAACUGUAGAUGGUGUUAUGAAGUUCCUAGAAGAUUUAAAUCUUAGUCCAGAAUCAAUUUUAGUACUUAUAAUAGCAUGGAAGUGCAAAGCAGCAGUCCAGUGUGAAUUCACAAAAGACGAAUUUACAACUGGUUUAAUAGAACUUGGUGUAGACAGCAUAGACAAAUUAAAAGCAAAAUUGCCAACUCUUGAAUUGGAAAUCAAGGAUCCAAAUAAAUUCAAAGACUUUUAUCAAUUUACAUUUAAUUAUGCUAAGAAUCCAGGACAGAAAGGUCUUGAGCUAGAUAUGGCUGUAGCUUACUGGAAUAUAGUACUCCGUGGGAGGUUUAAGUUCUUAGAUGCAUGGUGUAAAUUUCUCACGGAGCACCAUAAAAGAUCCAUCCCCAAGGACACAUGGAACCUUCUACUAGACUUUGCCACGCAAAUAGAUGAUGGCAUGAGCAACUACGAUGCUGAGGGUGCAUGGCCAGUCCUAAUCGAUGACUUUGUAGAGUGGUGCCAGAAACAGGGGUUAGCAGCAGAUGGGGUCAAAGCCCUAGAGCCUGCGUCCGGCUAG